AUGUCUUCGCAACAUUAUCUCUUAGGAAAUAAAGGUGCACAUGUCUAUACUGGAAACCAGUUUCAGUGUGAACUCUGUAAACGAACCUACAAAUCAUUCAAAACUCUUACAAACCACAAGUGUUCUUACUGUCCAACAUGCAAGAAGAUUUUCAGCACAUACCAGAAGUUUCAGAUCCACAAAACAUCAACGUGUAGAUAUAAUGAGUUACACACUUAUGAAACAAAGCUGGAAAACUCUCCACUCUCCAUUCCUGAGCAGGGCAGAAUUGAUAGCAGAGUUUCAAAGGCAAAGGACAUAGAAGUUAGAUGUACAGUAAAGGAUGUAGCGUCACUUGUUGGCGAUGGGACAACAGACAUAACUGAUGAUGUUGUCUGCAGUGCAUUGGAGCUCAUGAGAGAGAACUAUACACAACGUGGAGUCGAGUUUAUUGGUUACUACACACCGGCAGAAAUGAAACCCAUCCUCACUACAAAAGAUAAAACUCUACAAAAACCAAUUGUUCCAAAUGAUCAACUGUGCAUUAACAUUCACCACAUUGCAGGCCACUGGAUGACAUCAUACCAACAACCUAACCAGGGAAUAAAUGUGUUUGAUUCGUUGAUGUCACAAAAAAAGUUUGUUGAUGUUCUUCCACAGUUGCAAAUAAUAUAUGGAGAGGACUGUGUCACAAGAGUUAAAUAUCCAGCUGUAACACAGCAGUCAACACAACCUAUAUGUGGGAUAAUGGCAAUUGCCUUUGCCUUUUCCUGCUUUCUUGAUAUAGAUUGCACACAGAUAAACUUUGAUAUCUCUGUUGCUGCAAGUCAUUUGAGAAAGUGCUUAUCCAUGAAGAAAGUAAGUCUAUUUCCUGUUCAAUCAACAGACCUGCUCAUGUCUUCAGCUGAUUCAUACAUGGCGAAUCAGGUUUGUCAAAAGGAACAAAACCGUAUUCGCCAAAAGCAACACAGGGAAAUGUCACUAUCAUCAGAUGAGGCAAUAAGACUUCAAAGAGAAAAGGACAAAAUACGACAACAAAAGAAACGUAAAAACUUAAAUGAUGCUGAAAAGCUACAACAGCAGAUACUGAAUAAAAAGCAACAUCAAAAGAGACGAAAGAGAUUAGAUGAAACACAGAAACAACUUGUCAGAGAAAAACAACAACAGAGAGAAAAAAAUAAAAGACAACAUAGUCAGAGAAGAAGUACAUUAGAUGAAUCACAGAAGGAAGCCAAAAGGGAUAAAGAUAAAAAACAACAUCAAGUGGCAAGAAAUUUGUUAGAUGAAUCACAGAAACAACAACUGCGGGAUAAAGAUAAAAGACAACAUAAUCAGAGAAGAAAUACUUUAGAUGAAUCAAAGAAACAAAAACAACUGGAGAACGACAGAAAACAACACCGAGAAAAGCGUUCAGACCUGACAAUUGAAACAACUAUUGAAAAUUUCCUUUCAGUAAUAACUAAAGGUCCAGAUUGUUGUUGUGUUUCUUGCAAGCGCCUUCUAUAUAGAACAGCUGUUGUGUGUUAUAAGCAAUCCUCCUAUCCCAAGGUUUCAAGAUUUACACUCUCCCAAUGGUGUCAUAUUAAUGAGGAAGAAGACAAUAAUAAAUUAUGGAUUUGCCAAACUUGCCACUUUAACUUAAAAAAAGGCAAUAUGCCAUCCCAGUGCAUAGCAAAUGGACUCCAGCUAGACUGCAUACCUCCAAUACUGAAGGAGCUUUGUCCUCUGGAAAUUCAACUAAUAUCUAAGACACUACCUUUCAUGAAAAUUGUAGCACAGCAGAGAGGAGCUCAACACAAACUCAGUGGACAAGUUGUUUUAGUGCCUUCUGACCUAUCCAAAGUUGUUAAUGCAUUACCAAGAACAUCUGCAGAAUCUCAAAUUAUAACACUAGCUCUGAAGAGACGUCUCUCAGACAAGCAUGCUGUGCAUAAACAAUGCAUCAGGCCACAGCAUAUAAUUCGAGCCCUUCAGUACUUAAAAGCUAAUUCUCCUUACUAUAAAGAUAUUGAUAUCAAUGAAUAUUGGACUUGUGACCUUCCGUUUACUCAAGAAAAUGCAAAUAUUGCACAGGAUGACACAAUAGUCGACAGUGAAGACGAGGUUGAUGAAGCAGCGCCUGCUGAAGUAAGAGAACAUAUUCAACAAAAAGAGGCACUGAAUUAUGUGACAUGCUUUCAGCCCACUCAUGGACCUACAGUUGGAUCAGAUGCAAUUAUAAACAUAGCCCCUGCAGAGGGACAAAGGCCCAGCUCUACAUAUACAGAACCAAACUGGGAAUAUUUAGCAUUUCCUCACCUAUUUCCACAUGGAAAAAACAGUAUAAAUGUGAAGAGAGUUGUGAAACUUUCAGAAAAAAAGUAUGCUAAUGUGCGACUACUGUCUACAGAUACCAGAUUUUCUGAGUGCCCAGAGUAUGUUUUUCAAAUGCUCGAUUUAUUAGAAAAACAACAGGUACAAAAUUCUAUCUCAAUCACAACUAGAAAAUCAUACCACGAGGACAUAUCAGUUGGGCAGCUGAAGGAUCCAACAAGGUUCCAUCGACUUUUAACAGAUGACCAUCUUUAUGCCACCUUUAAGACAAUCAGAGGAACCCCUCAAUACUGGCAACAGAUGCAGCUGGACAUGCUUGCAAAGUUAAGACAGCUGGGUCCCUACACUUUCUUUUUGACAGGUUCAGCUGCAGAAUUCCACUGGCCCGAAGUCAUUCAAGUUAUUGCUAAGACGUAUGGAACCACAUUGACUGUUGAUGACAUUAAUGCUAUGGACUGGAACACGAAAAGACAGUGGCUUCAGAGAAAUCCAGUCAUUGCCGCAAGACAAAUAGAUUAUAUAUUUGAACAACUUUGGACAAAGGUCAUACUCAGUGGUGCCCACCCAAUAGGUCAAAUACUUAAUUACGAUUUAAGAAAAGAAAUGCAAGGACGUGGAACAGAACAUUUCCACAGUGCUAUACAUGUGAAAGAUGCACCUCGUAUAGAUAUCAACACAGAUGAGGAAUGCAUAGCAUUUAUAGACACACAUAUAAAAUGUCACAUUCCUUCAGAAGAUGACCCUCUGCAUGAUCUUGUUGUAUCAAGGCAAACUCACCACCAUACUCGGACGUGCAGGAAAAAUAACACUCGAUGUAGAUUUGGUUACCCAAGAUGUCCUACGUCAAAAACUGUAAUUUCUAGAGUUCCAAAUACUGAAAAUUCAGCACACUUAAUUGAAAAUUCUUCAAAAAUACAGAGUAAGGUAUACACAGCUCUUACAUCUGCAGCAGAAAGUAAUGUUUCAUUUGAGGAAGUGCUUCAGUCAGCUAACAUCACGGAAGAAGAUUAUAUCAAUGCUCUUAAAAUCUCAAAGAAUCGUACAACAGUGAUAAUGAAAAGAAGUAUUUCAGAAGUAUAUGUUAAUAACUACAAUCCAUACAUUCUCCAGGCACUUCGCUCAAAUAUGGAUAUUCAAUUCAUCACAAAUGUAUGGGCUUGCAUUGCCUAUUUGACAUCCUACAUCUGCAAGCCAGAGCGAAGUAUGAGUGAAAUGAUGAGAAAGGCCUGUAAGGAAUCAGAAAAUAAGUCAAUGAGAGAUGCUCUACGUGAUAUUGGUGAUGUAUUCAGAAAGUCGCGAGAAGUGUCCGAACAUGAGGCAAUAGCAAGAAUCCUUUCAUUUCCUUUAAGGAAAUCAAAUACUGAAGUGCUGUUUAUUCAAACUGAUUUCAAAGAAAAUCGCACACGCUUAAUAAAACCUCGCUACAUAUUAGAAAAAAUGGAGGAUGACGAUACUGAUUUGUAUGUUGCCAGCAUUCAUGAAAAAUAUUCAAAACGGCCAGAUGACAUGGAGAAUCUUUGUCUUGCCGAAUUUGGAUCUCAUUAUGACCUAAGUAAAUCUUCCUUGCAUGAAGAUUACAGUCAUGAAGAAGAAGUCGCAGACAGUUGCAUAAAGAAUACAAUUUCUCUGAAAGAUGGAAUGGGUACAAUAACGAAGCGAAAAAAGUCACGUUUCAUACGAUACCAUUACGUUUCCAAAGAAAGAGAUGAAGAAAUGUAUUAUCAUCGCUUGUUGUUGCUGUACAUGCCUUGGAGGUCAGAAUCACAGUUGAAAAGUUUAUCUUACAAAGAGAAAUUCUUAGAAGUAAAGUCAGAAAUUCUCAGUAAUAUUACUCUUUAUGAACCUUUUUAUGAAGAAGUUGAAGCUGCACUAGAAGACUAUGAUCCAAAUGAAGCUUCACCUGAAAUCUGGAAUGAAUUGGCUUCGAGUGUAGAGCAAGAACAUUUGGAAGAACUAGAAAAAGACGGUGCUUGUAUACACCCAUAUCUUGACCCAAGUUUUCUCCCUGAAGAGGUAUCAGAUGAUGGUAAUUGCCAAGAACCACGACAAUACAGCAUAGGAAAAAUUCAGCUUGUGUCUGAUCCUAAGUUUUAUGAAAUGAUUCGAUCAUUAAAUGAGAAGCAACGUCUCCUCUUUGAUUAUCUGUAUUUUUGGGCAACACGCACAAGGCUUUCUACAGACUCUGAUUCAGCACCAAAGCCCUUUUACAUAUUUCUUAGUGGAGGAGGCGGAGUGGGAAAAACGCAUGUUGUUAAUGCUAUCUAUGAGGGUCUCUCAAGAGCACUAAGGCAGCCAGGUCAUGAUCCAGACAAGCCCACCAUAUUGAUGACUGCAUCAACUGGAAAAGCUGCUUCCAACAUAAAUGGAACAACUCUGCACUCAGCAUUUUGUCUCCCAGUCAAAGAAAAAUCAAAACUAUUUGAAUUCAAAAAGUUAUCAUUAGAGAAGCUGAACUUUCUGAGAUCAAAAUAUAUUCACCUAAAGGUUAUUAUUGCAGAUGAGAUAUCCAUGUUUGGAGCAACUUCUUUGGAACACCUUCAUUUGACUCUACAAGACAUAUUCACAGGGCGAGACAGCAACAAUCCAUUUGGCGGGAUAUCAGUAUUAGCUGUUGGAGACUUGCUACAGUUAAACCCAGUUGGAGAUAGGGCAGUAUUCAAACCAAGUCCAAAUACUGACUACAGUGCUCUUGUUGGAUCUCUCUGGCAGCAACACUUCAGACUUUAUGAACUCACAGAAAUUGUACGACAAAAAGGUGAUCCUCAGUUUGCUGAGGUUCUGUCAAGAGUAAGAACUGGUGAAACAUUUGAUGAGGACAUACUUAUGCUAAAAGAUCUUCAAGAUACAGAUACCUCUGCAUUCCCCAAAGAUGCAGUACAUCUCUAUAUGACUAACAGCCAAGUCGAUGAGUACAACAUUCAGAAGCUGCAGGAACUUCCUACACCACAUGUAACGGUGAAAGCUAGAGACAGCAAGCAUGACCUACACACGAACUUAGAGAAAGUCACAAUUAAUUCUACCAACUUAUAUCAGACAGGUGGUCUACCAUCUUCUUUGACAUUUGCUAAGGGUGCUCGGUUAAUGCUGACCAAGAACUACGAUAUUGCAGACCACCUUGUAAAUGGAGUUAUUGGAACACUAGUGGACUACAAUAUUCCAAGCAACAACAAAUUAAAUGGACAGUUAUACAUGAAGUUUGAGAAGGAUGUCAUUGGGAAAAAUGCAAGGAAAAGUUCACCUCCACAAUUGAAGGAUACUGUUCCAAUUCAAGCAAUAAGUGUCCGCUUUCUAUUAGCAUCUCAGUGCAGUGUACCUGUAGAAAGGAAAAUGUACCCAGUGACACUAGCAUAUGCCCUGACUGCACAUAAAUCUCAAGGAAGCACUUAUGAAUACAUGAUAGCAGACUUUACGCGAUUGACAAAAUCACCACCACCGCAAGGUCUAGCUUACACCAUGAUCAGCAGGGCAACAUCAAGACAAGGCAUAAAGAUUGUGAACUUUAACGAUGGUGAUAUAAAAGUCAAUAAAGAUGCAUUUGAGGAAAUGCAUCGAAUGAGGAGAGAAUCUCAAUUAUCUUGUUCUAUGGCAAUGACUGAAAAAAAACAAGAAGAACUUUCAAUAGGACAUAUUAAUAUCCGAACAUUAGCAAAGCAUGCUGUGGAUUUGCAAAGUGACAUUGCCAUACAGAAGUUAGAUAUUCUAUGUGUUUCAGAAACUCAUAUCCGCCAGUUCCAAAACAAUUAUAAUCUUCAGGAACAUUCAGCAUUUUACAGCAUAACAAAGCACGGAAUUGCAAUUUAUGUUUCAAACAAACAAAAUGCCGACUACUUUCAUGUUCCCUCAUCAGAUGUGUGCCAAGCCAUGGCAGUUCAUAUUCGAUCCCAGUCACUAUUGAUUGUGGCCCUGUAUCGCCCACCGGGACCUGCCAUUGAUGAUUUUUUACAGUGUUUUCAGGCUCUAUUGAUGGACAUUGAUUCAAGAAAAAUUUCCUAUGUAAUUUUAGGAGACUUCAAUCUUGAUCCAAAUAAUGCCAUUUUUGCAAGCCUUCUAUCAAAAUUUAAUCUUAGUAACAUCAUUCAUGGCCCAACCCACGUGAAUGGAAAUACCCUUGACCUCAUUUUAACCAAAGAUUUAUACCUUCGUGGACAUACCUAUCCAGUACCAUAUACUGACCAUCACGUAGUGUGGACAAGCAUCCACACAAAAGGCUCUUAA